CUUCAAUGAGAACAGCCGCCGUGGCCGAAAUCGGCCGAGGACGCCAUUAUACUUGCCUAUAACAUAAUAAAACUUAAACUACUUGAGUAAAUUCGAACCAAAAACAAAAAUGAAAUCGCUCACAAAAUCUAGAAGGCAAGUCAACUGACAGAUCAUUUUAAACAAACACAAAAUUGAACAGCUCCAAAAUUCUCAGUGUAACAAAUAUAAAUUGUACGCGUUAGCAAUGGACAAAAGGAAAAGAAACGAGGGUUCCGGCAAAAAAGAUAAAGAUAGAGGUGAAUUAAUAAAGAUUAUCGAUAAAGUUAUAAAGAAAAAUCACGAAAAUUUGCAAAAGUAUCCCGAAGGCGGAGACUCGGAUGAAAAAGUGCUAAGUAAUCAGAAGUUAGAAAAAAUGAGGAUAAAUAUUUUAGUCAAAAAGCCGACUGAAAGGGAAGGGAAACACAUUAACGAUGAAAAUAGAAAAAAUACUAACAUGAACAGAUAUGGACAAGACAAGUCCCAUCCUCAUGUGCAAUUAAGAAAGAGAAUAAGAGAUAAGUACACGUUAAAACUCAAGAGUUCGACGAAUAAAAGUGAUCAUACGAAUGUGGUUAAGAAGCCAGAGAGAGAGAAUGGCAUUGGAAAUUGCAAUAGCAGUGGAAACGGGAGUAAUAUUAAAGUUAUUAAUGUUGUCAGCGAAGAUUGUAAACCUGUUGUGGAACAAGCAGAAAAACAGCUAGCCGAAGAAACGACGCAAACGAGACCAUCAGCACCGUCAUCAGCAAAAACCGAAAUACUGGAUCGUAAAAUCGACAAGAAUCCUUCAAAACAAGACAAAAAUUCAGCCAAAACUGACAAGAGUAAACCAGAAAGGAAUUCCGCGAAAAAGAAACCUAUGAUCAAAACUAUUAUGUGCAAAAAUGGCUCCGUGAAAAUCUACAAAGCAGUCACUUUUGUUGAACCGAAACGUAAACUGACUCCCUUAGAAAUUAAGAUCCCAGUUGAUGGUGCAAGAAAGCAGAAAGUGUCAAAAUACACUGAUACUAAUUCGUUGAAAUUUAAACCCAGGCCUUCUUCGAGCCGUUGUAGUAUUAAAGAGAAGUCUGUGCCAGUGAAAAAGAAAAUUGAUAAACGAAGAGAUAGGAAGUUUAGGUACGUACCUUCCCCGGAUGGCUCGAUGAAAGAUAGUCAGUCCCCGCCAACUGAAGUCGCUAGGUGGGCCCCGGCUUCUAUCGACCAGCAAACGAAGCCUUAUUACGAGGCUUGGGUAAACACAACUUUGGCUGCGAUAUCGAAAAAUUCAAGAAAUAAUAGGCAAUUUUAUGAAAAGCAAAGAGAAUUUUUGCUUAGUUUCCAAAAGGCGUUUGAGGAACCUAGGACACCGGAGUUAGUUUACGAGAAUUUUACCGAUGAAAAGUACACUGGUAGGAUCAAAAUUACGCAAAGAUAGUUUUUUUUCUAACCGACUUCUCUAAGGAGGUUCUAAAUGCGGUUGUUUGUAGUUUUUUAGUUGUGGUUAUUAUUUCUAUUUUGUUUGGUUACUUUGUGCAGGUAUUUUGAAGUCCAAAUUGUAAUUUGUGAUUUUAUAGUCUUCUGUUAUUAUAAAUUUUUAAGUGUGACUAUGUUAUUGUUUUAACCGACUUCCUAAAAAGGAGGUUCUAAAUUCUAAUGUUUCGUAUUUUUUUAAUUAUGUGGUGUCCAUACUAUAGUUUUCGCUACCUACCUAAUCUCUUUUCU